CUGUUGUGAAUGGCUGUGCACAGCACAGCCAUCCACAGCAGUGUGCUUACUGUGAAGCACCAACACACGACCCCCUAGUAAAACACUCCCUGCACAUAGUUCACCCUUUGAUCACCCCUCAUAUUAUCCCCUUCCUGCCCAGUGGCAUUAGUACAGUACAGGGGCGGACUGACAACUUAUGGGGCCCCGGGCAAUAGGGUAUCAUGGGGCCCCUGUGUCCAAACCCACACUCAAACCAUACCCAAAAAAGCCUAUGAAAGGUACCAGGGGAAUCUCAUGGGGCCCCCUACUGACCCUGGGCCCUCGGGCAGUGCCUGAGUUCCCAAAUGGUCAGUCCACCCCU